UAACAGGAAAGAACAGCACCAUUUAUACAUACAGUCACUGAGCCAGACAAGCAGCAGCAGCCUUUCCAUGAACCCUCUGGUGGUUACGGUACAAAACCCAUACUGUAAUCAUCUGGAUCUGAUGACAGAUAAACGAAUCUACUGAAUUUCUUUUAUAUAUAUUUUUUCAGGCAUUACAAAUUCUGACUCUGCUGACACUGAUUUCACUGCAUUUCUCUGAGAUUAUCAGCCCAAUAUUUGUCCACAUCAAGUCUCUCCUUGGUGCUUGUUAAUUAAUUGUGUAUAUGUGAUUGAACUGCGUGAGUUUAUGAAUAAAUGCAGGCCAAUCUGAGAAUGCAGGCCAACACUUGUGAAGCACAAAUGAAGGUGCAAUAAGAGGGCUGGGUCUGUACAUGCUUUCUGAGAAAUAAAAUGGGACUAGUCAGCAGCUUAUUGGACACCUUGAGAAAAACAGGAUGUAGAAACACAGAGAAAGGAGGAACUUAAAACACAGAGAAAGGAACACAGAAAUGCUGACCUAACUACAUACCUCCAAAAGCAUCACUUGUUUAUAGACCAUCCGAACAUCUAAGAGAGAAAUGUCCCAAAUCCUGAGUCUGUUUACACCACCGCUGCUGUUUGGUGUUUUUUGGCCAAGUAUCCUUCAGAUCACUUCAGCUGAUCACGUAUCUGUCCAUCCUGGAGAGAACAUCACCCUGCACUGUAACAUAUCUAUUACAACUAAUUAUGAUCAGAUACUGUGGUAUCAACUGGGAUCUGAGGAGGUGAAGCUGCUGAUAUCUGCUGAACAGGGGAGGCUGGAUAAAAAGUUUCUGCUUAGUUAUAAUGUGAACGAGAGUCAAUUUGAUAUAACAGAAAGAUGCAGUUUAGUGAUUAUUGACGUUAGACAGACAGACCUGGGAUUUUAUUACUGUGAAGGUCGAAAGGAUAAGACACACAUUCAGUUUGAGAAACCCAUCAGACUGAGUUUUACAGAAGACCAUGACACCUCGUCUAAGCAUCCAGAUACUGAGCUGUGUACAGGAUCAGAGAUGUGGAUUACACGGAUUGUGUGUCUGAUCUCUGUCCUAAUAAACCUCAUCUGUAUGUGUGUGAUCUGCUACAGGUUCAAAGGAAGGUCAGCAUCAUCAUCAUCAUCAUACUGUUGCAGUAACACAAAAGGUUCCACUGAAAAGAUGGAUAAGGAAGAAAAUGUUCAUUAUGCCAGCAUCCAACACAAAAGAAAGCACAGAGCAGCUUCUAAGAAAAAGACAUCAGAUUUGGACUGUGUGACGUACGCAACAGUUACCUCACAGGCUAGGAGACACUGACCAGCACAAGGUGUUCAAAUGUAUUACAUCAUAAAAACUAUUGUUCUGCUCUGUUUAUUUGUUUAAAGAAGUUAACAAUAACUACUGUAAAAUAAAUACUUCUAUUUUGAAUUACUGCAUGUUACAAGGAUCAGCUGGUGAUUUAGAUGAAUAAAUACAAUUAUUUUUAAAUUUUGGGGGCAUGCAAGUUUAAUGUUGCAUAAGAAAAUAGUCUGCCUUUGUUACAAAUGGGAAAUCUUCUCCCUUUACAAACCUCUAGAAUACUCCAAAUGCAAAUUAAUAAUCAUGUAGUGCCCAGCUUGAUGCUAAUGUUAAGUGCUUCAUGUUGUGAUAUGUUAAUGUAUAUGUAACCUUCCUGGCUAAGGCAUUAAGAAUGGAAAAAGGAACCGACUACGCCACCUGGGUUACCCAGGAAAAUAAAUUAAACCAAAAAUAAGUUACAAUAAUAUGAAGGACCCUGCUGGUUCGAAUGGGAUUGAAGACAGAGACGUGACUUUCCAA